GAAUUCCGUGCCGUUAUUAGCAAAGGUCGUAAGAAAAACCAUGAGUUUACCGCCAUACAAAGAGCUGCAAUGUGCGCCAAGAUAUCAGUGGGAAAAUCUUACCGCGCUGUCGCGCACGAAUUCAACACAUCUGCUUCGACGGCAUAUGCUAUUUUCAAACGGUGGAAAGACAACGAAACCUUUGAUUCAAAGCCAAGAAAAGGCCGCCCGAAGAAGCCCACCCUGACCGAGGCCAGCAGCGCAGGCAAAGACUGCGAAAGAGCAGAGGGCGAUGAUGAAUGAUUAGGCUGAGGGGAUGACUACUUCGCUGUGCCAGAGGACUAUUAUACCAUCAACAAAGCGGAUAUUGUGCUAGAGGUGCAGAAAUACGAUGCAGUGAAGAUAACCAAACCCAUCAGCCGAGAUUGGAUGUUUCAACGCAACCCGAGUAAGCGUCUUUGGUGUUGUUUCAUUGCGUCUGUUGCGUCUGUUGUUAUACAAAUUGUUUGUAAAUGGCCAUGGCACCCUUGUUAUCCUUGGUUACUGGCUCUGCGCUCUUGCAUCUGGCUAUUGUUUUUGCCCCAUCUUUUGGAAAAACAACGGUUUGGGAUAUUUUAUUAUGGAUUAUUCAUGA